UUCAGUAGGUUGUGAGAUUGAGACUAUGAUGAGUUCCGAAAUCCGCCCAGUGUUUGUGAUUGUCCUGGCGUUGGCAGUGUUGAAGUUCGUGACUGGCGCUAGUGACUUAGACGUAGCUGCACGAAUCGUGAGCCAUCAAUGCAACCAGUACGUGAACCAGGUUUCGACACCGUACCCGGUCAUGACCCUGGAUCGCGAUUCGCCAAUACGGUACGUGUACGCGCUCAAGUGCCCGUUGAAUAAUCCGUUUGUUGUGGGCGGAAUGGCGGCUUCCAAGAAUGAAUUUCCUCAUAUGGCGGCACUCGGGUAUCUGAUCCGCGGCUUCAUUCCGAAAGGAACGAGCGCCUAUCGAUUCAUGUGCGGUGGAACACUGAUAAGCGAGCAGUUCAUACUCACGGCGGCACAUUGUAUUAACGACGAUCUUCAUAUAGUACGCAUCGGGGUGACCGAUCUUGACGAUUCGGAUGCACAGAACUUCUUUAUCGCUGAAAAGUUUAUCCAUGAGGAGUAUUCCCUGGUCAACAAAUACAACGACGUAGCCUUGCUUCGUUUGAAAGGAAAUGUCACUAUAACGCUGCACGUACGGCCAGCUUGUUUGGCUACGGAACGGACCGAGCAGAUUCAGCGGGCUACCGUCACUGGAUGGGGCAAAACCAGUCCCAGUUCGGACGUUUCAGCGCAACUGAACAAAGUUUCUCUGGACGUUCCGGCAGAUCGGCGCCAGUGCUCAUCGAUGUACAAUGGCCCCGGUCGGCAUCGCUUGAUACAGCGCCAAAUUUGUGCCGGAUCCAAGGAUGGGAAUCAGGACGCGUGCCAGGGCGAUAGUGGUGGCCCCCUGCAGGUGUUUGAGGAAGCCAAAUGUCGCUACCACGUGAUCGGCGUAGUUUCGUUCGGUAAAAUUUGCGGAUCAGCUGAGUACGGUAUUUAUACCCGGGUUUCCCGCUAUCUGGAUUGGAUCGUGGAAAAGGUUUGGCCCGAUGAAUGGUCCAGCAAAGAUGAAUGGGCUGACUGGUGAUGACUUGUGGUCUGGACAAAAUCGUUAAGAACAUUGAAUAAUAUUUCUAUGAUAUUUUAUGCACAAUCUUAUAUGAAAAAAAUAAAACGAACAGCUACACAUUCCCUA